AUUUUCCAAGAGAAACAAUCCACAGUUCCUUUGGCCCAAAUCACUUAAAUACGAUGAGAUGAGCGGGUCACCCAGCAAUUUGUAUUCUUAUUGUCCCCCUUCUUGCAUGCUUUCCAACCGAGAAGAUCUCAACAACAUAUGAUUGCACAAGCAUGCAAACGCACCAUGUUCCUCACAAGCAUUCCAUCGUCUAAAACCCUCAUCACCCCAAAAACCCUAACCCUACCUCUCGCAUUCCUCUCCACAACCUCACCACCUUCCGAUCAACAACCACCGCAACACCUCCACCAAGACCAAGCAAUCAGCAUAGAAGACAACAGAUCAUACUUCACCAAAAAAAUCCACACCCUCUGCGCCACCCACCGCGAUGUCGACGAAGCCCUCCGCCUCCUCGACCGCCUCCGCCUUCAAGGCUACCGUCCCGACUCCCUCAACCUCAGCAGCAUCGUCCACGCUCUCUGCGACUCCAACCGCUUCGAUGAAGCCCACCACCGCUUUGGCCACUAUGUAGCUUCCGACUGCGCCCCCGACGAGCGCACUUGCAAUGUUAUUGUUGCCCGGUUGCUGGAUUCAAAAACCCCACAUGCCACAUUGCGUGUUCUGCGCUGUUUGACAAAUUUUAAGCCCGAUUUCGUGGCGUCUUUGGUUAAUUACAACCGUUUGAUCGACCAAUUUUGCUCGAUCUUACGACCCAGUGACGGUCAUAGAGUGUUGUUUGAUAUGAUUAGUAGAGGGCAUUGUCCGAAUGCUGUUUCUUACACUACAUUGAUCAAUGGGUAUUGUUUGAUUGGUGCGUUGGGUGAUGCCCAGAAGGUGUUCGAUGAAAUGAGUGAAAGGGGAGUGGCGCCAAAUUCCCUGACGCAUAGCGUGAUGAUUCGUGGUGUUCUUCGGCAGAGGGAUGUUGGGCGUGCAAAAGAAUUGAUGGGAAAGCUCUGGGAGAUCAUGAAAGGUGAAGAUGAUGAGACUGUAAAGAGUGCGGCUUUUGGGAAUCUCGUUGAUUCUAUGUGUAGAGAAGGGUUUUUUAAUGAAGUGUUUGACAUUGCGGAAGAUAUGCCACAGGGGAAGACUGUGACAGAGGAUUUUGCUUAUGGACAAAUGAUAGAUUCGCUUUGUAAAGCCAGAAGGCAUCAUGGGGCAUCCAGGAUUGUUUAUAUUAUGAGGAGUCAAGGGUUUGUUCCAAAGCUAACGUCAUAUAAUUCCAUUUUACAUGGACUGAGCAAGGAGGGAGAGGGAGGUUGCAUGAGGGCUUAUCAGUUGCUGGAGGAAGGAGUGAACUUUGGUUACUUUCCGUCGGAGUACACUUACAAGGUCCUAUUGGAAGGUCUGUGCCUAGAAUCGGACGUCAAGAAGGCAAGGGAGGUUCUUGAAUAUAUGCUAAAGAAGGAAGGAGUGGACAGAACUAGGAUUUAUAACAUAUAUUUGAGAGCGUUGUGUCUUGUGAAUAACAUGACUGAGCUUUUGAAUGGACUUGUUUCGAUGCUCCAGAGCCAGUGUCAGCCUGAUGUGAUCACCCUAAACACAGUUCUUAAUGGGUUCUGCAAGAUGGAAAGAAUCGAGGAAGCGCUAAAGGUACUUGAUGACAUGAUGAGUGGCAAGUUUUGUGCACCAGACGUGGUGACCUUCACAACGAUCAUCAGUGGUUUAAUAAAUGUGGGAAGAACUCAAGAAGCUCUUGUUAUGUUGCACCAUGUAAUGCCCGAGAAAGGUUUCAGAGCUAAUGUUGUGACGUACAAUGCUGUACUUCGUGGUUUAUUCAAGCAUAGGCAAGCAAGAGAAGCAAUGGAUUUGUUCAAUGGCAUGGCAAACGAUGGCGUGGCUGCUGACAGUACUACUUAUACUAUAAUAAUUGACGGGUUAUGCGAAUCAGAUCAAAUAGAAGAAGCUAAGAAGUUUUGGGAUGAGGUUAUUUGGCCAUCAAAGAUCCACGAUAAUUUUGUGUAUGCUGCCCUUAUCAAGGGGAUUUGUCGUUCUGGGAGGUUUGAAGAAGCGUGCCAUUUCCUUUAUGAACUAGUAGAUGCUGGGGUCUCUCCGAAUAUAUACAGUUAUAACAUUGUGAUCGACGCUGCUUGCAAAUCCGGAUUGAGGAAGGAAGCGUAUGAAGUUGUAAGAGAGAUGAAAAGAAACGGACUGGCUCCAGAUUCUGUAACAUGGAGGAUUCUUGACAAGUUGCAGGGUGGCAGAAAACAAUCUUGUGAUGAGGUUUCGAAUUUUCAAUCAAUAAAUGGGCCACAGGGGUAGAUGAGCAAGAAGGCGUGUAUUUGAGUGGAGCGAUUCGGAAACAAUAGAACCGUGAGAAAGAAGAGACAGUAGGAGCGUGUUGGCAUAAUGUGAAUUGGGAAGGUUAGACAAAUAGCUGAACUCCAAACAGAGUUGACAGAAGGAACGGAUGGUCGAUCACCCAAUGGUAAGGUAAAUUGGCGCAUACUUGUUCAUUGACAAAGUAUCUUAGUCUGAAGGAUUGACAUAAAAAUCAUGUUGCAAAAAACUCCGAAGUUUCCAAUUCGAUGAAGGAAUUUAACGUGGAGGUUGGUCUUCGUAAAGCACAUGUAUCAUGUAUGUAUACAAAUUAGAGCGAUGGAUACGAUUUCUGAUUGAUUGAAAGGUGUACAGAGAUUCAUACAAGAGUGUAAUCAAAUUACAAACUCUGAAUUCAUACAGGUAUCUCGCAGUCAGCAUGAUCAUGUUUUUGGAUUCUGCUCUUGUAAAUGAGGGUGCAAUCGUGUAUAUUUACGAGUACAGGAGCUCAAAACCGGGGAACCUAAGGCCGCCAUCGUUCGCUCCUCAUGAAAGUGCUCCAGGUUUGGCUUGAUUCUUCAACUUUAUUAAGCACCACCACUGCAAAAAUAGUCAUAUUGUAAGAAAAAAUGGCCAGACCAGGAGGAGGUAUGUUUCGCUUGAACCCGAAAAAGGAAAGAAAAAGAAAAUCUUGAGUCCCACUCCUCCCGUCUAUCUUCAAUACGUGCAGUGCAGUGCACUCCAAAACAACAGCCACUCCACUCAAAGCACCAACACUUUUCCUUUAAGGACCAACAUCUACUUUCGACAAAAAAAAAAGAAAAAAAAAAGAAGAAAUUGUAGCAAUGUCCUCAACUAAAAAUUUAUGACCAUCGAUUCCUUAACUCCUUAAAACGUGCAGCUAUGAUCAUUUUCUUCAAUUCCAUUUGUACUUCCACUAAAACGAGUCACGUGUCAGACACAUGAGACCGAAUCGAGAGGCAAAUAUGGAAAAUCAAAUGAGAAAAAUUGUAGCAAUGGUCUCUCAAAAUUGUAGUAAUAGUCAAUCAGCUUUAACCCAACUGGAGAAAUAGUCCACAACUUUAACCCAAUUGUAGCAACAGUCCCUCAACUCUAGUCUAAUUGCAGCAAUGGUCAUUCUAACAUAACUUAUUUUGACGGAGUUAAUGAAAAUGACAAUUGAUGGGUUAAGGGACUAAUGAUCAUGAAUUUUUUAAUUGAUAAACCAUUAUUCCAAUUGAAUUAAAAUUAAGCAAUUAUUGCUACAAUUAAAAAAAAUUAAAAAAAAAACUAACAAACAAACAAACAACAACAUUUACCGCUUUUCGUACCAAAUGAUUUCUCUAUCAACAUCAACAAUGUACAUUGGGGCCCAUUUCGAAGGCCGAAAGCUAUAAAAAAAGGACAAGGAUUGUCUGUUC